AUGAUCAGUGAUAUCAAAGUAGGAGAUGUAAUCUAUGGUGAUGAUGUUUCUUUAGCUGAUAAAGAAACUGAUGAAGCUUCAAUUAAAAAAAAACAAUAUAUUUUGUAUAAAUAAAACUAUUUAGAAUCCAUAAGAGUCUACAAAGUGAUUCUAAAGAAGGAGAUGCUUACUCAUCACCAAGUAGAAAUUCAGAAGGUUAUAUAAGUUUGGAAGAAUAUCGUAAAAAAUAAUAAUUGUUUAUUUUAAUAGAAAAAGAGAAAGAAUUGGAACUAAGGAGAUAACCAGCUUAUAAGGCACAGAGCUAAAUUGUUUUUAAAGAUAAUAGUGAAACUUGCUUACUAAAAAAGAUGUCUCAAACUUAGUUAAGAAUAAACACCCGAACAGAGAAAUGAGAAUAUUUCAUUUAGUAUGAAUUAUUCAAUUCAAUAUAUAAUGAUUCACACCCAUUUUCUUAUCCAUUAAGAUUUUUCUGUCUAGAUUGAGAGGUUUAUGUAAUCAAAGUGUGGCUUAAAGUACACUUUCCACAUUUUUAAUAAGUGUCUAAUUGGAAGAACUUUCUUAAUUGAUUUAAUUUUUUUUAAAUUGAAUUUAAUUACAAGUGAAACAAAAAGAAUUAGACUUGUUUUGNUAGAAUCAUUUAUCAUAAAUUUAUGA